GCCAACAAUCGGUCUCCCGCUAUGGUCGCCCUUACCGCCCUCGCCGUCGCUUCCGCCUCCCUCGCCCUCGUCGCAGCUCACCCCCACCCGCAUGCGAGCGAGACGCGCUCCGCCCCGCUCCCCGGUCGCUGGUACCACGAGGAGGACCAUCCUGUGCACGCUCUCUUCCGACGUGCACCCACGAAUAGCAAACGCGCCGACCCCUCUCCCUCCGUUGGCUCUGAUGCCUGGACUGCCCAGUAUCCAGCUAGCUCCGCAGACCCAUCCAAGUUACCGCAAGCAUGGGUUAACGCGCUGAACGAUGCUGUUAAGGCUGGCAAGAUUCCUGAUAUCCCUCCAUCCGUCUCCGAGAACGGUGGUGUUCCCAAUUAUCCCGCCGGCACCAACGAGAACAGGAACGACCCGUCCAUAUGUGCUGCCACCGACCGUGAGUGCAGGAUCCCUCAGGACAUCUGGGAUGGCGUCGAUGGCUACUUUGCUGUUGGCUUCGACGAUGGACCUACAACUUUUUCACCGCCUCUCUACACGUUCCUGCAGCAGAAUAAUGUAACGGCAACGCACUAUAUGAUCGGUACGAAUAUUCUGCAGAACUGGAAAGAGUUCCAGAUUGCGUAUAAUCAGCUGCACGACGAUAUUGCGGUACAUACCUGGACGCAUCCCUACAUGACGACAAUGACGAAUGAGCAAGUACUGGGAGAACUUGCAUGGACCAUACAGAUCAUCCAUGACUCCACCGGCGGUAAGAUCCCACGCUUCUGGCGACCGCCGUACGGGGACACCGACGCUCGUGUAAGUGCUAUCGCAAGAGAAGUCCUUGGUAUGACCGCGGUCUUGUGGAACCAGGAUACCGAUGACUGGGCGAUGGGAAGCAAUCCCCCAGGCACGAACCUCGACAAGAUCCAGUCACAAUUCGAAGGGUGGCUGUCAGGUCCGAAGCAUCCAGGAUUGAUCGUCCUCGAGCACGAGCUCUAUGAGUCUACCGUUCAGGCCUUUAUGAAUGCGUUCCCACUCAUUGGACAGAAUGGGUGGAAACUCAUCUCACAGGCGCAACUCAAUAACGCCAAUCCGUACCAGGACGGGAAGGAAGCCAACGCAGCGUUCAAUAGCUUGAUUCCCUCCAGCACCUCCUCCGCCUCGGCAACGCCCACUUCUGCUGGUUCAAAGGCCAGUGGCACGGCCUCCUCGGGAUCGGGGUCUGGUUCGCCAUCCAGUGGUGUGACAGCCCAGUCGCACUCGAGUGGAACUUCGCCCACCUUCUUGUUCCCGUCGCUUGUCAGCCUCGGCCUCUUAGUCGGAGGUGUCUUCGCUCUCCUAUGAGGGAAGUUCGACAUCCCCCUUCGUUCUCCCAUCUCUCCUCGUUACGACCAUGGCAUUAGAACAGACAGACAGUUCCGUGUACACAUUGUUUUCCUCGCUUUGCUCUCCGUCUUGAUAACGUUAGACGGUCAGCCUCCUCCAGGUUGCCUCUUUCGUCCGCUUUCUAGUUUAUUGUUGCAUUGUAGCUUUCCUCAUUUCCGCAUUUCUUGUUCUGGGACUCAUCAAUAUCCGGGAUUUUGUAUAUGAAACCAUAAUGCUUUAAUACCUUUCAUUCCCUUUCUUCACUUUUUACUUUCGUAGUACUUCACUUCCUGUAGCCCCGCUAUUCCUGUCCUCGUGCAAUCUGUUCUUUUCAGAUUGGGAAGGACGUCCACUCGUUUCUUGCUUUCAGGGGCUAUAUUUGAACUCGCUGUUUCUGGCUACUUCUGUCCUCGGACAUGUGUUCUGCGGGUUGCGGUGUGUGGUGUUUGUCUUCUUUUUGACGGGAUUAAGAACGGGAUGGCCAUCUACGCGUACCAGAAUAGCACUUCACGGCAUCGUAGGCAUCGCUUCGGCAUCAUUCGUUCACUCCGACCGCCACCCUCUAAUUUCCGCUUUUCGCUUUGUGCAUUGUCCUUAGUAAUGAUGUCAGUUAGAACCAAUCCCUGCUUCUUGCUUUUAGUAAACCACGCGUACGGAUAAUUUUCAUGAUCCUCAUGAUUUACUCUCAUGAUUUUCGGAUGUGCUUUGUUACGUGUUUCUUGUUCAUGUACGUUACGACGGACUGAUGGAUUUCCGCAUAUUUUUGUAAUUCGGACUAUGGACGUUCCGUAUUUUCGGUUUUGGGUUUCUGCUUCUUGCUUCUUGCUUCCUGUUUU